GCCGCUGCCGCCGGAGUGAUCCAGAGAAUCCAUUUCCGAUACCCUCCAUCCUUCCAGGAGCUGCUUCAGCUGGUGGCCUCCCUACACCAAACUUUGUCUGGCAGCCCCUCUCUGUUAAUGCUGGAUGGCCUGGAAGAGUACCUGAGAGGAUGUCCCAGCCCACAUAUGGCCGCUCAGCUGGUGGCCUUGCUCUUGGACACAGCUAAUCAUUUCAGCCAGAAGCUCAGCCACAUGCCUGCAGGCUGCCAGCUUCUUGUUGCCAUGAAGUGUCUUGGAGAAGCUGCCGAAGAAGCAGAGCACCUUUCAGUAAUUGAUCGCUACUUCCCAGCCCAGCUAUGGCUGCAUCCAGGUGUGGAGGAGACUGCUGGUUCAAAUAGCUGUGGUAUCACCAGGCUGGUGAGAGCAUGUCUCUCCCAGCCAGGGACAAAAGAUCAAGAAUGGCUGUUGCAGUUUGAUCCUCAAGGUGACAUGAGGAUCUCUGCGCUUCCAUGCAGUCGUGAAAAGGAGAAUGGCACAGCUUCAGAGAAAGAUGGACCUCCUGGGAUCAAAGCCCGCAUCAUUGUGUCUGAUUCCCAGUCUGGGAUUUCUUAACUGGAUCAUAAUGUUGUAUUGUGUUGCAGAGACUUUGACCCACAGCAGAUUUUGUCUUGCUUAGAAAGAGAAAUACAUGAUCACCAUCUCUUUCUUUUCUCCUGAGGUGCUUAGGCUGGUUUGAUUGGGACACAAAAUUAUUUUCUUGAUAAAGAGCAGAGUUUGAUUGUGAAGCCUUUAGGGGGUUUUAAAGUCCUCCUGAUCCUUUUUCUGGGGACUCCCCGUGCUUUCAAUUGCAUAUGAGAAAUUAAAAGAAAGAUUACUUCCAAGUGUCACGUCAAGGCUCGGAAUAAGUCACUGGGAGAAUAAAUCUUACAUUCCUGCUUUUGAUCUCAUUUUAAAAAAUGCUCAUACAAAUUGAGGCAGAGAGUUUUCUGAGCGUAAGGGAGAUGGAGAGAGUGUCAAUACAGUAGGACCCCCUGAUCCACAGGAUCUUUCUCUGCCCCACCCUUACCCCAAGGUUGUGUGUUGUGCCAACAAGUUGGAAUCUAGCCUGCUAGUGCUUUCAGAAUAAAAGUGAAAUAUUUCAGGAGUGGCUUUACUGCUGCCACAGAACCCACCCCAGUGAGUUUGCAUGCGCAAACUGGGAUUCUUGAGUCUGCCAUUUUAAUUACUCCACAUAAGGUUAUGCUCACUGAAUAAACAGAGAGUUCUCUGUUA